AUGUAUUUUUGCUGCUGUAAAAUUAUAAUAUAUUACGUUGUAAUAUCAAUAUUUCACAUAUAUAAUAAUGAUAAUAUCAAAAAAAAGCAUAAUAAAUAUGAUAUACCCAAUUUUAAAAAAAUUAGAUCCUUGUCAACCUAUGAUAACACCGAACAAACAAAAAAGGGAUAUAUUUCCCUUUUUAAAAAGAAUACUAUAGAAGAAGAAAUAAAGAAACAAGAAUUUAUAGAAGACGCUUUUGUUAUCGAUUGUUCAGAGUUAAAUCAUUUAUUAAAGAUCACAUCAUUUGAAAAUUACAACAUGGAAAUAAGAGAUUCUAUGUUUAAAGGAUAUGAACAAAUGUAUUCAGAACUAUAUGAUAAUAAAAUGGAGAAAAAAGAAGAAGAAAAUAUAUUUCAAAAAUUUUUAAGCUUAUUACAUCGUAUACCUUCAAAAUAUAUAGAUAAAAUGUUAAAUUAUCUUAUUCGAGAUUUUGUAUCCGUACCAAUAUACGUAGUCAUAUUAUUCAUAAUUGUAUGGCUAAUAAGUUGUGCUGCCCCUUGUAUAUCUAUGGUAUAUAGUACAAUUUUUUGGAGUUAUGCAUUAGUACCUGUUUUUGCAUUAUUAUUAUAUUUAAAAAAAUCCGAAAGUUAUUAA